AUGGAUCCCUUGCCGCAAUCCCAGCCGCAGCCGUUACGAAGCUUCACAAUACCGUCUGUCUACGAUGGCAUCCGGCUUGACUGUCGUCUCUUUCACCCCCAUCACCUCUCACGACUCGAGAGCGGUUUGUCGUGGAGAAGCAAGGGCGCCAUCGUGGCACAUCCAUAUGCCCCUAUUGGGGGUAAUUAUGAUAACCCCAUUGUUUGCGGUAUCGCAAGCGAGCUGUUGAAGGUGGGAUAUAUCGUGGUAACAUUUAAUUUUAGAGGCGCUUCCGAAUCUGCCGGACGGACGAGCUGGUCAGCUCGGCCAGAAUUGGGCGAUUAUGUCUCCGUCUAUGGGUUUCUAAUCCACUACCUUAUCGGAAUCGAUCCCGAUUCCUUACGGGAUUCAUUGGCUGAAUCGUGGAAUCAACGGCCUUCUCCUGUAGUUGAUAGUCCGGAGUCUACGGAUGAAUCUGAAAGGAUGGAGAUCGUUUUGGCUGGUUACUCUUACGGCUCUAUGAUCGUAUCUCAUCUGCCAUCCAUAGAGGUUGUUUUACGCCUGUUCGCCGCGCCUGUGGCGGGUUCUUCCAGUGCGGAAAUUUUACAACAGGCCGAAGACUUAUCUACGCUUUGGAAUCUUGAGGCAAGGUCAGAACUGUCAUCACAAACACCGACUCUAAAAAGUACUAGUACUAGUGAUGGUGAUGGAAAGUUGUCCAGGUGUGUUUCCAUGGGCAGCAGCACAGGCUUCAGUGGGAAGAAGUCAAGUAUGGAGAGGGCCGCGGCCAUCAGACAGAGUAUUAAACUGUCUCGAAAGAGAUUGAGAGCCAGAUUUCUACGUGGCCAUGGAUUGGAAGACCAAGUAACGGACGCUAGUGCUAAUGUCGCCAGCGGAGUUAAAGAGAUUGCACGAAACAUGCUAACACCAACUGUUUCGUUUCUGCUGGUCUCCCCGGUCAUCCCUCCUAUCACGAACUUCAUGACACUUUCUCUCUUCGAUUCUCAAAUCAAUCUCGGCGUCACUCUCGAAGGCAUGCUGGUCAAGUCGAUCCCACCGGAGGAGCAACUUACGACGCACCGAACUCUGGCUGUAUUCGGCAACAAUGAUUUGUUCGCAUCAGCGAAGAGGUUACGGAAAUGGGCUCUAGAUCUUAGGAAGAUUCUAGGCUCGAUGUUUGAGUUCGUGGAGAUUGACAGGGCAGGUCACUUCUGGCUUGAGGAAGGGACUGAGGCUCAAAUGAGAACCGCAGUAAGGGUGUGGGCUUGUAGCAGUAGUCGUGGUGAUUGCGUUAAUGAGACGCCGCCCCAUUUAUAG